AUGCUCAUAUCAAGGCAAAUUCGAAGAUUUAGUUUUGAUUGGGUACAGAGACAAACCAAAGACCACUGGGUCAAAAUGGCAAGAGAAAAAGGGUUCAGGGCCAGAAGCGCGUUCAAACUUCUGGAACUGAAUGAAAGAUACAACCUUUUGAGGCCAGGAAUGAGAGUGGUGGAUUUAGGAGCAUCCCCAGGCUCAUGAAGCCAAGUGGCAGCUGAUCUAGUGAAGUCAACACCUCAAGACCCUCUAGUGCUUUCUAUAGAUAUUCUGCCAAUUGAUCCUAUUCCUGGCUGUGUCACUGUGACUGCUGAUUUAACUGAUUUAGGCUCCAUUGAUAAAAUUUACAAAGUUUGGACUGAACCAUGUGAUAUUUUAAUCAAUGACAUGUCCCCAAGUCAUACUGGCGAUAGAGAUGUAGAUUGCGCAGAAAUUGCUUCCCUUCAAUUAGAUGCUAUAAGAAUUGCAACAAAACUUGUAAAACCCGGAGCCACUAUUUUGAUGAAAAUGCUUGAUGGGAUGGACGAGCCAGAACACUAUAAAUACAUAUGUGAAUUUUUUUCGAGCGUUGAAAGAGUUAAACCUACAGCUUCCAGAACAAGAUCUCGAGAAUUUUACUAUGUCGGCAAAGGCUGGAAAGAAAAAUGGCCUCAAGCAAGAGAGCCGAAUAAAUCAGAUUUAAAAGAAAUCACUGAGCAGUAUUACGCAGCUGGCUUUAAGCUUGACCCAGAUAUGGAAAGAGCUUUAAUAAACGAAAUUGGAGAAUUCGACAAGGCAAACCCUAAAUGGAAAAAAAUGGCAAAUGAAGAAGAAUUUAUUAAUGACUUUUCUAAAGAUAAGCCAUAUAGCUUUAACAAAGAACCACCAAAAGACGUUUUUGAGCUCGAAGAAUACGUAAAAAAAAUGAGAAAAGGAGAAAUAUUCACUGUCAAAGAAAAUACCUCAGAGGAUGAAGAAAUGUAUGACUAUGAUCCAAACGACCCAGCGAUACAAGAAAGAGCGAGGAAAUAUGAAGAGUGGAAAGAAUCACAAAGAAAACAAGGAAAAGAAGUAGAUUUAGCUGAUAAAAUAACAGCAAGAAGCAAAACUUUUAACGAAGAUGUAGAUGCACAAAAAGCAAGCGAGUAUUUUGAACAAGAAAAAAAGUGGGAGGACGAAAUGGAAAGAAGAAGAUGGAAAGGCGACAACCUUGUUUUCAAGAGAAGAGACGGGAAUAAGAGGUUUAAUGAGUACCUUACUCCUUAUAAAACUUUAUUGAAAAUAGUUAAGCUAUAUAAUUUAUUUUUUUAAAAAAAUAAAAUUUAUUAAAAAAUAGUUAGGACCAUGAAAGAUUCUGAUAUUUGGGGUAAAGACGAAUAA